AUAAAAGCUAAUUUAUUCCUCUUUCUUCAAUCUCCUUUCCUCUCUCUCUCUCUUUUAUCCACUCUCCCACCAGAUUCCUUUUUAGGACAGAAGGAGGAAGAUAAGAGGUUCUGAUCUAAAGAAGAUAUGGAGGAGAUCAUCGGAGACGACACAGAGAUGUACGGAGCUCUUGUGACGGCGAGAUACGCACAGUUGCAUCAUCGUCACCAUUGCAGUGAAAACCAAUGUACCUCUGUUCUCGUCAAAUACAUUAAAGCCCCUGUUCAUCUCGUUUGGUCACUGGUUCGGAGAUUUGAUCAGCCGCAGAAAUAUAAACCAUUUAUAAGCAGAUGUACCGUUAAUGGUGAUCCUGAGAUCGGUAGUCUCAGAGAAGUAAACGUCAAAUCUGGUCUUCCUGCGACGACCAGUACCGAGAGAUUGGAACAGCUUGAUGAUGAUGAACACAUCCUCGGUAUCAACAUCAUUGGUGGUGAUCACAGACUCAGAAAAUACUCUUCGAUCUUGACUGUACAUCCGGAGAUGAUCGAUGGGAGGUCAGCAACUAUGGUGAUUGAAUCUUUUGUUGUGGAUGUUCCUCAAGGCAACACCAAAGAUGAGACAUGUUACUUCGUGGAAGCACUCAUCAAGUGUAACUUGAAAUCCUUGGCUUGUGUCUCUGAAAGAUUGGCUGCUCAGGACAUUACCAAUUCCAUCGCCGCAUUCUGAAAAAACAUUCAAAUAGAUACACAGAGAGAAGAAUCAUACAGCAGCAUUUGAAGAUUCAUAUAGUUCCACGUGAUCGAAGCUCGGUGAAGGAAAGAAAGCUCCAGUGUGUUUAGACUCUUCCUUUAAGAAAUUCUUUAGUCUGGUCAUAAUAUAUAUUAUAGAAGCACUCGUGGUCACGCUGCUUUGUUAUGAUCAGCUCCAUAGGCCAUGUUGAGCCUGUCGUAAAGUUUUGAUGUAAUUUUAGUUUACGGUGUUUGUUGGACAGUGUCUGUAUUUACGCACCAUUGUACAAGAAAAACAGAGCUAGUUAGUAUCUAUCUUAUAACCA